UCACAGAGCAAAACCCCGUUAUAUGACUUGCAUUAGCUCUACAACAAGCUAAAACUGCUAAUAUUAGUUAACAACACUUAAUAACUUGUUAACAUGCUAGUUAAUGAAGGUUUUAGCUGUUCAACCGCGUCGCUACUGUGUCAGUUUCAAUAACUAAGGUCAAAGGUUACCAGCCCACAAGGCCCAAGAUGGCGGCUCCGGGAACAGAAGAAGUCCCGAGUCUGAGAAACCUGACCAAAGCUCGCUAUGGACGACCGGAAAAGACACAACACAGGCCUCUCCAAGACCUGGUCAGACCCCAUGUUGAAUCCUUCAACUGGUUUUUGCGAGAGGGUCUCUCGCUUGCAGUGCAGGCCAUACCAAAGCUGGAUUUUUCAUUGUCCAAUGGUAGGAGAAUAUCAUUAUCCUAUGUGGAUGCUUCAGUCGGAGUUCCAACGGUUGCCCAGGGUAAUACGUUCUCGCGAACGUUGAAGGUGUACCCUGCGGAAUGUCGUGAGAGAGGGACGACAUACCGCGCUGGGUUGCAGGCCCGCAUAGCCUGGAGCGUGGAUGGGGUCAACCAGGGGUCAGUGGAGAGGAUGCUGGGAGAAAUCCCCCUCAUGGUCAAGUCUGCCCACUGUAAUAUAACUAAACUGACCCCAGCAGAGCUGAUCCAAAGGCAUGAGGAAGCAGAGGAAAUGGGAGGCUACUUCAUCAACAAUGGUAUUGAGAAGGUUGUCAGAAUGCUGGUCAUGCCAAGAAGAAAUUAUCCCAUGGCCAUCGUACGUCCCAGUUGGAAGGGACGAGGGAAGCUGUACACAGAGUACGGAGUGUCCAUGAGAUGUGUCACUAAAGACCAGACAGCUGCAACCAUAGUUCUCCACUACCUGACCAAUGGGACUGUAACCUUGUGUUUCGUCUACAAGAAGGAGCAGUUCUUCGUGCCUCUUAUCAUUAUUCUCAAGGCCCUGGUAGAAACCACAGACCAGCACAUCUAUAGUGAGCUCAUUAAAGGAAAAGAGGACAAUUCUUUCUUUAAAGGAUGUGUAGCAAGUAUGCUGAGACAGGCUCAGAACGAGGGCCUGAUGACCCAGGCUGGGAUACUGAAGUACAUCGGAGAGCGCUUCAGGGUGAAGUUACCUGUACCUGACUGGUACACAGAUGAAGAGGUGGGACAAUUCCUACUCAGGUUGAUGACCCAGAAGCUGUUUGCCCUUGCCAAGGGUGAGUGUUCCGUGGAGAACCAGGAUUCUCCCAUGAUGCAAGAAAUGCUGCUGGCGGGUCACCUCUACCUCACCAUACUGAAGGACAAGUUGGAGCUGUGGUUGACUCAGCUGAGGUAUGGAAUCGACAAACGGUCACAGGACAAAGGGCCAUCCUACAAACUGGACACAGUUGAGAUGAUGAGUGCCAUGAGACUGUGCAGUGAUGUGACCAGAGGAAUGGAACACUUCAUGGCUACAGGAUCGGUGGUGUCCAAGUCUAACCUGGGUCUCAUGCAGACGGCAGGUUUAACUGUUGUGGCUGACAAGUUGAACUUUAUGCGGUACCUCUCCCAUUUCCGCUGUGUGCACCGUGGAGCCUUCUUUGCAGAGAUGAGGACAACGUCUGUCAGAAAACUGCUGCCAGAGGCCUGGGGGUUCUUGUGUCCUGUCCACACCCCUGAUGGAGCUCCCUGUGGGCUGCUGAAUCACAUGACUGCCAGCUGUGAGGCCGUCACGUUGCAGCCCACCACAGUUCACAUUCCCAAACUCCUGUGCUCCCUGGGCAUGGCGCCCCUGGACAGCCCUGCACCAGCGCCCCCUGUUGACUGUUACACGGUACUGCUGGAUGGCAGGGUGGUGGGGCGGGUGGCAGCCAACAUGGCACCUGACAUGGCCAGGAAGCUGAGGAUGCUCAAGGUCACCAGAGAGGGAAAGAUCCCAGUGAUGACAGAGAUCGUGCUGGUGCCUAAGACAGGAAAAGCGAGCCAGUUCCCCGGCCUGUUCCUGUUCACCACACCUGCCCGCAUGAUGAGGCCUGUCAGGAACCUCUUCACAGGCACAGUGGAGAUGAUUGGGUCAUUUGAACAAGUCUAUAUGAACAUCUGUGUGAGACCAGAGGAAGCCCACCCAGGUGUGACCACGCACCAGGAGUUGAGGGAGACCUCCAUCCUCAGCGUUGCUGCCAGUUUUACUCCCUUCUCUGAUUUCAACCAGAGUCCCAGGAACAUGUACCAAUGUCAGAUGGGUAAGCAGACCAUGGGCACUCCCCUCCAUGCUUUUGGUCACCGGACAGACAACAAGUUGUACCGUAUCCAGAACCCCCAGUCCCCCACGGUCAGGCCGUACGCGUAUGAUCAUUACCACAUGGAUGACUACCCCCUGGGGACAAACGCAGUCGUCGCUGUCAUUUCUUAUACCGGGUAUGAUAUGGAGGAUGCCAUGAUUCUUAACAAGUCAUCCUUGGAGAGAGGAUUUGGUCAUGGCACCAUCUACAAAACUGAGAUCAUCAGUCUGAGGGAUCUUGCCCAGAGUGCCAGAGGUCCAGUAACACUUGUGUUUGGAUGUGCAGAAGGAGACAAAAGGGUAGAGGGUAGGCUUGAUGAUGACGGACUACCUCCCAUUGGGUCCAAGCUGGAGACAGGUGACCCAUUCUAUAGCUAUGUGGACAAGCAGACGGGCGAGGCACGAGUGGUUCUCUACAAGAACCAGGAGAAAGCCAUCGUGGACAACAUCAAGGUACUGGGGAACGACCAGGGGACGUCUGACAUGAACAAGGUCGCCAUAGUCAUGAGAAUAAAUAGAAAUCCCAUCAUUGGUGACAAGUUCUCUAGUCGCCAUGGACAGAAGGGGGUGUGCAGCCAGCAGUGGCCGGUGGAGGACAUGCCGUUUACAGAGGGGGGGAUGACUCCGGAUAUCAUCUUCAACCCUCAUGGGUUUCCCUCCAGAAUGACAAUAGGAAUGAUGAUAGAGUCGAUGGCAGGCAAGUCGGCAGCCCAGCACGGUCUGUGCCAUGAUGCCACACCCUUCACCUUCUCUGAGGACAACUCAGCCAUAGACUACUACGGCCGCAUGCUAAUAGAAGCUGGUUAUAACUACUAUGGCCAUGAGAGGAUGUACAGUGGAGUAACAGGGGUGGAGUUUGAGGCAGAUAUCUUCAUUGGAGUGGUGUACUACCAGAGACUCAGGCAUAUGGUGGCAGACAAGUUCCAGGUGAGAACAACAGGACCCAUCGACAUCGUGACCCACCAGCCAAUCAAAGGCAGGAAGCGAGCAGGAGGGAUCCGGUUUGGAGAGAUGGAGCGUGACUCUCUCCUGGCUCACGGAGCAACGUUCCUCCUGCAGGACAGGCUCUUUAACUGUUCCGACAAGUCAACGUGCCGAGUGUGUACCCAGUGUGGCAGUAUCCUGUCCCCCCUGCUGGAUAAACCCCCCAGUGAGCUGGCUGCAGUGUCUGUACAGGCACGCAGGUGUUGGUACUGCAGUGUCUGCCAGAAAUCUGACUUUAUACAGCUGAUUGCUGUUCCAUACGUCUUCCGCUACCUGGUGGCAGAGCUGGCCGCCAUGAACAUCAAGGUUACUAUGGAAACCAAGUAACCACAGGCAGAAGGUUCUCCUAGUUACCGUGGUAACUGAAUAGUCACUAAAUAGUCAUUGAAAACAUAUUUGCUACUAUGUAUACCAGAUAACUACAUCAUUGCCAAAUGAAAAUCACAAUGAUUAACAUGGAAGGAAGAACAGCACCACCUGUCAUGUAUCUCAUGUACUGCAUUAUUUAUAUUUCCUAUAGAGAUAAUGCAUAUUUGGCUGUACGUAAAUUUAUCACUUAGCCAUACAAUACAGACUGCCAUCGUUACAUGACCAAUUGUUUUACAGCAAUUGUGCUGAUUUAGCACAGAUGUCACAUGUACAAGUUACAGGCACACACAGUUACAGAGGUGAUAUUUAUAAUAUGAAAGUGUUUGUUGAAUGUUGAGAAUCUCUUGUGGCCAUGUGUCCACACUGCUUUCUACUGUACCUGCAUAGGUUGUGAGACUGAAGGUGAAAUUGCAAUAUUUUUGUAAAAGAAAUUUUGCUUCAGUAAAAAUUAACAAAUUAUGA